AUGAACUGGAGUAACAUCAACAUCACCAAUGGGACACCAUCUUUCUCUGGACAAUGCCACAGAGACACCAGAAUUGCACAUGUAGUAUUCCCAAUCCUAUACACUGUCAUUUUCCUUACUGGAGUUAUAUUGAACAGUUUGGCUAUUCGAGCUUUUUUCCAAAUUCAAAGCACCUCAACUUUCAUCGUCUACCUCAAAAACACUUUGGUUUCUGAUUUCAUAAUGACUCUUAUGCUUCCUCUGAAAAUUCUUACUGAUUCAGGACUGGGACCAUGGCAACUUAAAGCUUUUGUUUGUCGCUUUUCAGCUGUGAUAUUUUAUGAAACCAUGUAUGUUAGCAUAGUACUACUUGGACUUAUUGCUUUUGACAGAUUUCUCAAGAUUGUGCGACCUUUUGGGAAGUUUUGGGUGCAAAAUGUCACUGCUGCACACAUUCUUUCAGGUCUUGUUUGGCUUUUCUUCUUUGUCCUCUCCUUGCCAAAUAUGAUUUUAUCAAACAACAAAGCAACACCCCUUUCCGUGAAGAAAUGUGCUUCUCUGAAGAAUCCCUUAGGACUGAAAUGGCAUGCAGCUGUCAAUUACAUAUGUCAGUUUAUCUUCUGGACUGUGCUAAUUCUAAUGCUUCUAUUUUAUGCAAUUAUUACCAAAAAGGUAUAUAAUUCUUAUAUAAAAACUCAAAAGAAAGAUAGCAAAAGCAAACAGAGGAUUAAUGGGAAAGUAUUCAUCAUUGUAGCUGUCUUUUUCAUAUGUUUUGCCCCAUUUCAUUUUUGUAGAGUACCAUACACACUAAGUCAAACUGGCAAUACAAGUGACUGCAAUGUACAGAACCUAUUAUUCAUUGCUAAAGAAAGUACUCUUUGGCUAGCUACUACAAAUAUUUGCAUGGAUCCUUUGAUAUACAUAAUCUUGUGCAGAUCAUUUGUAGAAAAAGCAUUCUGUGUUAAAAUGAAAAAAUUUAGAAGUACAAUGAGGGAAAAUCCAACAGUCCCCUUGGACACCAGAAUAUCUGUAUAG